AUGUCAAACGACAGUUGUGCUUAUACACCCAUUAUACUAAAUUUGGUAGGAGCGGGAUCUACUCAUGAUGAUGCUUCCUCAGGCAUUAUUGCUUGUUUCAUACGGCACUAUCUACAACAACGUCUCAUUUAUGGACAGAGUUCAGACAUCGGCACGAGCAAUCAAAAUGGUCACAUGGUUCCUAAUUUCAAUAAAACUUUGAUGAAUUACACGUCAAUGGAGCGCGGCAAACCUUUAUUCGCAAUGCAAGGCCCGAGGGAUAGUUGGGUGCAACGUGAAGAUUUGGUAUGA